CAACAGAGAGAACGGUCAAGGAAUGCAGCGUCGACUCAUAUCCAUGGAGACGAAUAUUGUGGUCAUUCUACGCAUUACGCUUGGGCAUAUUAUUAAUUAAAGUCCAACUAUGUAUUUCACAUAUGAAGAAGUAUUUCUUAUAUUCGACAAGUUAUAUUAUAGAAGUUAUCGUGAUAUACACUUCAGUGCGCAAUUAAGACUAACUUGCAUUGUGUUGUUAGCAGUUUUAUAAAAAUAUAUAAUGUACACAAAGUGUCUAUAAAAUAAGUGUAAAAAAUAUAUAGCCACCAUUUAAAGAUAUCAAUGACAGUUAUAAAAAAUGUAAUGCGGUUUACGCAUUUUAAUUUUUACUUCUACGUUAAUAAUAUUUGGUUAUUGAUUUACUGGAAAUAUGGGAAUUUGCUUGGAUACUGAUCGGCACACCGAAUCAUUGGAAGAUGACGAUCAGAGUUGGUUUCAAAAUUCCCCAUCUAAUUCUAACAGAGGGCAUACUUCUUCAUACGGCCAAUUUCCUAUGCUUAAUGGAACAAAUGUGCAUUUUGAAACACCUAAAGUGCCAGUUGUCUUUGUGUUGGGAGGUCCAGGAUCGGGAAAGGUAACACAUUGCGAUAAUUUGGCACAAGAUGAACAUAGAAUCGUACACAUUAAUAUGACUGAUCUUCUACAGCAGUAUACGAUUGGUAAUGAUAUGCAAGACUUUUGUCAACUAUCCAGUAUUACUGUCACAGAGGUACUGAUGUUAGAGAUGAAAAUGGCUCCAAACUCAAAAGGAUACUUAGUAUCUGGUUACCCAAGAAAUAUGAGAGAUGUUGUUGAAUACUCCGAUAAGAUUCAAAAGCUGACAGGAGUAGUUUUGAUAGCAUGGAGAGAAAAGGUUUUGGAAAGACAAAUUAACUAUGGUGCUAAAUUGGGUCAAAUAGUAAUGUCCUUGGCUCGAAUGGAAUUAAAGAACUUCUUCAAAAACGUAAUCCCUGUUGCUGAGUAUUUUGACCAUAGCGACUUUUUGGUAACGAUAAAUGGCGAAAGGCAACCAGAUGAAGUAUAUGAAGAGUUUAAAACUGUCAUCUUAAAAAUGUUCCAUAAAGAAGAAUGCCAGCCGGUUCGCUCUUCUUAUACAUCAACUGAAAUGCCUACGGCUGUAGUCACAGACAGCGCUAACCUUCAACGACCUAAGACACACGUAGUUCGAGUUGCUUCUCCUAGUCACAAUUCGCUAACUUCUCCAUUACAAAAUUGGCCUAAAAUUAUUUGGAUAAUUGGUGGACCUGGAAGUAAUAAAGCAAUUCUUUGUGACCAAGCUGCAUCAGUCACCGGGUGGGUGCAUAUAAGCCUUGGCAGAUUAUUAAGAUCCACAGCGGAUGUCCCCAGCACUAAACAUUCGCAAGAUGUUAAGAAAAUUAAAGAGUGCAUCGUUGCAGGCGAACUAGUUCCACUAGAAAUUAUUCUUAAAAUUGUAGAGUCUUACAUUGCUGCAAACGCAAAUGCACUUGGAAUAUUGUUGGAUGGCUAUCCAAGAAACAUGCAACAAGCAAUUGAAUUUGAAGAAAAGUUCGGGCAAAAACCUACUCUCAUACUCUUGGACUGUUCGAAGCUUCAAUUAGGAAGAGGACGACUUGAUGAUAGUGUAACCGCUUUUCGAAGAAGGCUAGAAAUCUUUCGGCAGUUUUCCUUACCCAUGCUGAGGUCUUUAGAUAGCGUUGGAAGAUUAACUAUUCACGUUUAGGAGCCAGACCACCACUUUAACAAUCGUUUGGAGUUUUUUGAAUGGGCGUUGCAUAAACCUCAACAAUGAAAUUACAUUUUGGCAAUAUACUAUUUACGGACGAAUGCUCUUUUCACAAGAACGGUCUAUUUCAAGACACAAUUGCUAUUAUUAUAGCACCGAGAAUCCCCAUUGGUUAAGACCCGUGGAUAAUCAUCUUUGAACGUAUGGGAUGACAUCAUUGGACGACAUAUAAUUGUACUAUAUUUUUUAACAAGUCUUUGGACAGAACUACAUAAAUGCAUUUUCUUCAAAAUGAUCCGGAAAUCCUCCACUAACUCUAAGACAACAGAUGUGGUACAACUAUGAUGAAGCACCCUCGCAUUAUGAGAGGAAUGUAAGGGAAUAUUUCGAUACACAAUUUUCAGACAAACAGUGGUGGUUAUGUCGAACAUUUAAUCUAAUUUUAUUAUUACUACUUUCACAGUUAAUUUGGCAAAUUGGCAUUAAAUCUUUUGCAUCUACUCGUAUACCCUUACUCAACAAUUAGCAAUUAAACUGAAAAUCAAAAACAAAACAAACUCGCCAAACUUUUUAAAACGUCUAACGUGAUAUCGCGAUAUUAUCGAAAAUUUCAAAAAAAGUAUAGAUUUCGCAAAAAUUACUUAUCACAGACACUAACACCCUAUAUUUCAAAAACUGGAACCUUUUGUUUAUGAGAUAUUUAAAAUGAUGCCAAACACUGCAAACGUCAAAUUUUCCAAUAAACGUGAGAUAACUCCAGAACGGUGCUACCCAGGACCAAUAAAUGUUAAAAAAAAUAAUUUUUUAUCAAACAAAGUUUCCGAUAAGAGUAGCACCAAAUCUCCAUAUUCUAAAUCUAUUUUCGGUUUUAUAUCCCCAGCAACCUAACUUUUUUUUCAAACGGAAUGCCCGAUUCAUUAUUGUAUUUUCGGAUUCCUCGUUAAAUUUAAAUAUCAUUUUGUUAACCAUAUGUUAUGUCUAAAAUUUCCAUAAAAUCCGCACUAAAUCAAUAAAUAAGAUGUUGUAGUAUUCUGGGCCAUCCGAAACGAAAUAAUAUAGAGAUGUGCUAUCUUCACAGAUAGCUUGUGGAAGAAAUAGCCUAUUGUUUCCCCUAUUAACGCAAGCAUAUUGUUUUUAAAUUCACUGAAAUUUACCACUUUCACUGUAAAUAGCUUCGAACUGGAAUAACUAUUUAUUUUAGAAGGAAUAUCAUAUUUUUAUCAGUUCAUCAAAUGCAAAAUUUUAUUUCCCUUCGUGCAAUAUAGAGUUGUUACUAUCAGAAUAUCAAGAUGCUUUGGUCAUCGAUUUGCUUUUUCCUUUUUCCUUUAAACGACUGAGAGUGGAAAAUGCUUUAUGCUGCAUUGAGAUGACCGAUAGUGUGGGACUCCCGUAAUCGGUAUACCCACUAAAAAACCCCCUGCCUUGGCUCGGCUGACGCUUCCACUGCAGCAUCGCCCUUUCGGGACAUUCUGUAAUUUUGACUAAGAAACAAAACUUUAUUAACUUCCAAAAAAGUAACCCCUCAGAACAGGGGGCAGGGACAAAACAAGACAGCAACUUUGUAAAAAGGAAUUUGAUCCCAGAUAGACAACAAAUUUUGAAAUUUCGAGCCCAGGCGAGGGCUAUCUUCCUUUCGGAGGGUAAUACACUAUCGAAGGAAAACCUUGAAAUAAAUACAUUAACAUGGUGGUACCUACAAGGGAUACAAAAUGGAGUAAAAAUCAAUAAUGAUUGGAACCGAAGCUAGCAGCAAACUUAAACUAUGUAAACGUAACAAAA